AUGGGGGCCCCCAUGGGGGCCCCCAUGGGGGCCCCCCUAGAGAGGGCUGCUGAGGCCUUCACUUUGGGAGACCUCGAGCAGCUGCUGGAGGAGCUGCGGCUGCUGCUGCCCUCUACGGGUUCGCUGCUGCAGCAGCUGCUGCAGCAGCAGCCGCUGCUGCGUGCUGCGCUGCUGCAGGCGCAGCUGCUGCUGCACCGCCACAGCCACAUAGAUGUUUCCGGAGUGACAGCAGCAGCAAUCCAGCGAGCUGAAGCAGCAGCAACGCAGCAGCUGCUGCUGCAGUGCCGGGCCCUGAGGGCCCCCACUUUGAGGGCCCUUUCAGCAGCAGCGCCGCAGCCUGCGGCGCUGCGGGGCCCCCAGGGGCCCCCUGCUGCGCUGCAGCGCCACAAGAGAACAGCAAAACCAGCUGCUGCUGCUGCGCUGCAGCCAGCAGCAGCUCAGCAGCAGCAAGAGCCCCGCAUCUCCGUGAACCCGCCCUCAGGGCCUGCAGCGUGGCGAGAGCCAUCUGCUGCUGCUGCUGCUGCUCCUGCUGCUGCUCCUGCUGCUGCUGCUGCUGCUCUUACUCCUGCUGCAGCAGCAGCAGACAGACUUGGGGUGGGGGCCGGCGGAAUAUCGCUGUCUCCCCUCACCCCCGAAGGCCCCCCAGCAGCAGCAGCAGCAGCAGCAACGCCACUGCCAGCAGCAACAGCAGCAGGAGUCCCAGCAGCAGCAGCAGCAGCAGCAGCAGCAGCAGCAGGGAGUUACGGGGAGGACGCAAUGAGUUUCGGGUGUCGCCAGAAGCGGAAGGCGGAGGAGGAGCUGCUGCAGCCGCCGCAGCAGCAGCAGCAGCAGGUUGCUGCUGCUUCGACGGCCCCCAGCAGCAGCAGCAGCAGCAGCAGCAGCAUGAAUUCAAAAGAAGGGAAUUGGCUCUCCGAAGAAGAGGCGAGGGCCCCUCCUGCUGCAGAGGCUUUAAUAGAAGAGCUGCUGCGGUCUCAGGGGCUUUUGGAGAAAGUGCUGCACAUAACGCAUGCAGAAGUGGCUCGUUUGGAGCCGCAGCACCGGCAGCAAAUCUUCUCGCUGCGGCGCGCGCUGCGCGCUCGAGGUCUGCUGCAGCAGCCCGUGCAGCUUCCCUGA